AUGGGUGGCACCGUUGACGUGCGUACACUCCGAGCGUUGACACCAGCACAGAGCAAUAUUUUGCAGCAGCAGAGUUACGCACGCGUAGACAGAGAUGCGAACGGUUUUCCACUUGAGAGCAUUCAGAAUGAUAAACAAGUAUUCCAUCGUAACUGGUAUUCCAGAAUUGGGGGAAAAGAAAAAUUUACUCCUAAUACUAGUUGUAAUGGUAGUAGUAAUGGUAAUGAUAAAGGUAAUGGCAUCGGCAAAAGUAAUGAUAAUAUUCGUUGUAAUUGUAGUGGUAAUAGUGAUGGCAAUGACAUUGGUAAUGGUAACGACAAAAGUAAUGAUAAUAGUAAUAGUAAUGGUAACGUUAUUGAUAACGGUAAAGGUAAUGAUAGCGCCAAAGAUAAAUACAAUGUUAACGGCAAUGAUAAUAGUAGUGGUAAUAAUAAUGCUAAUAGUAAUGGAAAUGAUAUUGGAAAUGGUAAUGACAAACUUAAUUAUAAGACUAACGGCAAAGAUAAUGUUAACAACACACGUAAUGAUAAUUUUAAUUGUAAUGGUAAUGGUAAUGGUUAUAGUAAUGCUAAUGAUAAUAGUUGUAAUGGUAAAAGUAAUGGUAAUACAAUUAGAAGUUGUAAUGGUAAUUAUAUUGGUAGAUGUAAUGGUAAUAGUAUUAGUAAUGCAAUUGGUAAUGAUAAUAAUAGUUGUAAUGGUAAUUUUAAUGGCAAAGGAAUUGGAAUUGGUCAUUAUAAUAGUUGUUGUAAUGGUAAUGGUAAUUCAUGA